CUUUAUUUUCCUUCUUCACUGCCCUUCAUUUCCCUUCUUUACUUUUUCCUCCUUCUCCGUUUCCCCCGUCUUCGGCUCCCCCUCGGGGUCCCCGGCCCCCCGCCCGCCCCAUGUCGGAGGUGCGGCUGUGGGUGGCGCGUCCCCCCGGGCGGGGCGGGCCGGUCCCGGGGGUCCCGGGGGUCCCGGGGUCCCCGGGGGUCCGGCGGCGGCUCUUCGGGCCGGUGGAGCCGGCGGAGCUGGGGCGGGAGGUGCGGGCCCUCCUGGCCGAGCUCAGCGCCCAGGCCCGGGCCCGCUGGGACUUCGACUUCGAGGCGGACAGGCCCCUGGACCCCCGCGGCCCCGGCGGCGGGCCCGGGCCCCGCCUGCUCUGGGAGGCGGAGGACGGGGCCGCCCUGCCCGCCUUCUACCGGGAGACCGUCCACCGGGCCCGGCCCCCGACCCCCCCCCCCGGGACGGGACCCCCGGACGGGGACCCCCGGAGGGAGCCCCCGCAGCCCCCCGACCGGGACAACGGCCCCCGGACGGCCCCCGGGCCCUUCCUCACAGGGUCACCCCUCUUUUUCCUCCUCUCCCUCCUCAAGUCCUGA